UCGGUGGAAACGGGCGGACCAAACAACGGCAAGAAAAAAAUGCAUCUCGGCGAAUGUCUUCCCUCCAGUGUGUGCAAGUCGACGCACUCGCGCCAGACGCUUUUUACUCACUGACACCCUUGUCUGCGCUGCGGUGCGGGCGCAACUCACAGUUCUCCUGAACAGCUCGCCCCAAAUAGACGUGAGGACGGUGGCUCCCGAUCGGAACGGUUUUUUUUUCGUUGUUAGCCAAAAGGCUAUUAUUGUGAAGGUGUCGCUUAAGGGUGGUCCGACAGAGAGUGUGUUGUGAAUUUGUCUGCUAAAAUUUAGACAGCAAAAAAGUGUGACGCAAAUUUUUGUGCUUUCGGUUGCGUACAACACCACAUAGCGAACGUUGGUGACCUCCCCGACCAAGGGGUCAUUUAGUUGUCAACAGUGUCCUGAUGUCAUUUGCCACUAAUCGAUCGCAUUUCGUCGCUUCGCUCGGUAUCAAUCGACAAAGCUGCUGCUGACGUGCAACCGCGUGCAAAGACCAUCACGAAACGCAAGUUCUUCUCUUUGGACCGAUUCUUCCCACCCACCCCCACACCCCACCUGAAGUGGGUGUGAGGUGUAGCCGGUCGAAGGUAGUGAUCGGUGCGCCGUUUGCUGUGUUUCCUGUGCGUGAAAUUCAAACCGUAAGCAGUAAUAAUGGCAACGAUUACGACAAUUACGAAAAGUGGUGCCGGUCCGGCGCCCGUCGUUCCCACGACGGCCCAGUUCAAGAGCCAUGUCUACUCGAAGUACCGCGAGCUGCUCGGUUCGUACAAUGACAAGGCGAACGAAAUACUGCAGACGUAUCCCGCGUACCGUGUCAGGGAGGAUGCGGGAUUUGCCCUCGGUGGGGAAACCUACGGUGGACCCCCGCAGUCGACGAUCGGCAACUCGGCUCGUCGGUUACAGGCACAGCUGCCGGCAGAACCGCCGGCCUGCGUACAGAAUGCCAUGAUGCGGCGGGAUAAACAACCAUUCACCUACACACCGGGCGGAAUCGACCUGUCCCAGAUCAAGUCACCCCGCAUGGCGAAACGAAUAUCCAGAAACGCCAACUCGGAAGGUGUCACCGGUCAGCCCAAAGUGUCUCCAUUGGCGCAGAACAAUGGUUCCAAUCACAACGGCAACGGCACCAGCAAUGGUGGAAGUCAGAGUUCCGUAUCACCGGCAGCAACACUCGGUGCAGCAGCUAUGGGUAUGCCCUUUCAGGUGUUUCCUACAGGACCUCCGGCACCGCCACCACCUCCACCACCAACCGGGCGCGUAGUUCCGUCGAACGGUGGCAACAGAUCGAUUCCUCCGCCGCCUCCUCCGCCCGGUCCGGGGCCUUCGCAACCGACGGCCGGCAGCUCCGAAGCUCGGAAAUCCCCCCGACCUCAGAGCUUCGAGCCACCGCCGAUGGGUAUGCGGCCUGAAAUCAAGAUUCCCCCGAAUCCGAUGGCAGGCCUGCGCAAGGCACCCAGACCGCAACCCAAAAACGAUUUUUGGAUUGAGGAGUACCGGCGGGAGAAGCAACAGGACGCACCACAAAUUCCACGACCAGUGCCACCCAGCUACAGCUACACGAACAGAGAUCUAGACGACGAAGUUGCUAAGAACACAUUCAAUCGCACAGACGAGCUCACUGUCCGCGGUGACCCAUUGGCACAGCAGAAACGAUCACCAAGCCCAUCCAAUCUAACUAUACCGCUCGAGAACGGUUCGCGCGGAUCAUCGUCGAUCAAAACGCCGCCCGUGUACGGGCAGAGUCCGGUGCCGGCAAACCUUCCACCACCGAUCACACCGACCAAGGUGUCACCCCCCAGCACGCAACCUUCGCCAUCCACCAAAGACACCCCGCCACCACCGGUGCGCCCCAAACCAUCCCUUUCGCCUGUGUCCACGAAUCAGUCCACUAACAGCACCACACUACAGUCCGGCGGCAGCGCUGCCAAGGAUCAAACCGGCGCAGGCGCCAAGAACACGACCUCGGUUGGGUUUGGUCCAGCUGCUCCACCACCACCACCUCCACCGCCCCUACCCUCGUCAGCACACAAAGAAUCACAAUCGUCCGCCUCGUCCGGUGUGUCUCCAUCCGUUUCAUCCACCACAUCCACCACUGGUCAUCCCACAGCAUCCAUUUCUCCAUCACCCUCGUCGGCCAAACCGGCCACCACACAGAGACCCGCUGCUCAGGCCCUGGGAUCACUUUACAUACCGCCGAUACACGAGGUGUUUGCCAAUAGUAAGCAAAGUCUCUUAACUCAAGCGAGUCCACCAUGGAUGUCAUCGCGGCACAAUAGCCUCAAGGAGCAGCCCGAAUGGGUGCACAAGGACGAGCUAGAUUCGGCCGCGGCUAGCAGUAACGGUAGCGCCGGCAGUAACGCACAGCCACAGUCAAACGAACGACAGUCACCGCAGUCACAGCUGCAAGAGCAGUACAAACCACAAACAUCAGUGUCGCCGAGGGCGCCCAGCGCCCCGAGGGAGAGUGUUCCAUCCACUACUAAAUCCGUUGAUUCUAUCGUCACAGCACCGACCCCUGUGUCGGCUAGACCGUCUCCGUCCGGGCCGUCGCAACAGCUCACACAGACCAACAUCAGACCAGCGGCGGCCGAUGUGUCCAUCCCGGUCCACCAACAGUCUACUCCGGUACAGUCGGCUCAGCAUUACGCCCAGCAGGGACAGCAAGCGGCCCGCUCGACUGGGCCCCCGGUGGCCGCAGUGUCGCAGUCCACGGUUACGAUGCCCGUAAACCGUGGCUAUCCACAACAAGCUCCAGUGUACGCACAGGCGCAACCUGUGUACUCGACUCAGUCGCCGGCAGGACCACAGAAGGAACGUAUUAUACCGAUACAGAUUGAAAAGUCUCCGGUGCAGGCACCAGCUGCGGCCCCAAGCUUUGCCCCACCGCCCUACUACAGCCCCAACGCACAGUACGGUCCGGCCAGUGCCAGCAGCAGUAUGCAAUCGCCGCUCCCGGUUGGAUUUGCGACACCGCACAGUGGAUUCACGACACCGACGGCCAUGUUUACCAACCCGAACCAUUUCGUGAACCAAGGCUACAACAACAUCAGCUACCCACCGACACCGACCGGGCAACCGCAGCCCCAUCCGCUGUACCAACAUCAUCAGCACUAUGUGCCACCGCAGACGCCGCCCGUGCUCCACCACCCGAUGCAUCCGCCUCAGCCGCAGCCUCAGCAGCAGCAGCGCCCGCCGACCCAGCAGCAAUCAAAUGUGACCAACGUGCGCAUCGUACCGAUCAAGGUGGAGGGAGGCGAGCACACUGUCCGUGGACCACUGUCCAACACUCCGGCCAUCAUUCAGAGUGGUGAUCGUAGCUACGUCAUACACGAUAUCCCGCUAGAAGCUAAGCUUCGCUUUCUUAAAAAUAGACUCAGCGAUCCUCGAAGCAGCAGCAACGCUCAGUCAUGGAAUGGCAACAGCGCACCGAACCAGUCCCGUUCGUUCCGCGUGCUGCAGCAAAUCACGGACACGCUGGAUGAGGCGGAGGCCGAAAAGAAUGGUAAGGAUCAGUCCGGCAGCAGUCAGCCUACCGUUGCCGAUCAGACCGAUGGCACCAAACCGCAGCAACAGCAGCAAUCUUACGGACGCUCCGUGGCCGGUCCGACCAAUGCGGCUCAGCAGCAAGAUAUGGCAGAAGGACAGCUGCGUCGAUUACAGCUCAGCAACGAAGAUAAGGCUCUGAUGAAUAGAGUAAAAAAUCAAGUCGACGGAGAAGUUUAUCUCCAUAACGAAGAAGAUCCUCGCUAUCGCGGUGCCGCCAUACCGUCCAAAGCGUUCAGGUAUCUGCAGAACAUGACCGACAGCGGUCAAGCUGCGAACCAAAGCAACAACGGCUCUGGAAAUCGUACCCAGCAAAUGUUCAACCGAGGAAACUACAACGACUCAGAUGCAGAUACACAGCAGCAGUAUGUGCCACCGAGCGAACAAAAGGUGGAAGAACCAAAGAAGUACACCGGCGGUUCCAUCCCGAGCCGUUCGUUCAAGAUGCUUCAGGCAAUGACGGACGCACCAGCCGAUCCAAAUUCCUCCGACAGUGAGGGUCCUAGUGUGAAGCUGCCUCACGGCAGCGGCACAGACAUUCGAUAUUCCCCAUAUCCCUAUCCCCCGCAACCCUACUUCUGUUGUCCUAAUCCUAAUUGGCACUAUUACGAUCCCACCACUAACCCUCAGUACUAUCCACCCCAUCAUCCACCACCACCCCACGCUCCCGGUUACUACUAUCCGCCGAUACCGCCGCCACCGCCCGGUCACUACGAUCGGGGCGGCGGAUAUUACGGCGGGUUUAUGUCUCCGCAUCACUUUUACUAUGCACAGGAGCCGUGUUCUCCGUGCACACCGCCUCCGUACUAUCAGCUAAGCCAACCGCAGACUGCCUACUGCGAGGCAAUCCCGAGCGAGGCGAUCCACUCGUACGUGAUCACGACGCCUCCUCCGCGUAUCGUCGUUACACCGACACCGGACGAUUCGUGCUCCGACAGUGAGCUACAGGCGAUCAAAGAACAGUUGGGCGAGCUGCGCGAUGUGCCCGGUGAGUUUGCCGGGGUUGAACCGGCCGACUACGGUGGUCCAAUCCCUUUGACACGCUCGCAGUCUAGCCUGAAGCGGCUGUCGGAGCGCUUGACUAAUUUUAACAACGGGUUCGGCGAGCCAGAUGGCAUGACCAAAUCCCCCGUGCGUUGCUCGCCAUGCUCGCCACUGAACGAGCGGUAUCGUACGUACGAGGAAAGUACCUCUUCCGUGCCUUCGUCUCAGUCUGAGGCUUCAGACUCGGAAGACGAAGGUACGACCAAGCCCAAGCUGGCGAGCAGGGCUCAGCAGGCGCAAAGCAAUGGCCAUGCGAAGGAUGUCGAAGCGGUCCGUGUCAACGGGGCUUUGUCCAAGGAAAAAUCUCCCCAAAAGGAGAAAGACAAUGAUGAUGAGGAAAAAGAAGAUGAGGAUGAGGAGGAGGAGGAGGAGGAGGAGGAGGAGGAUGAAGAAGAAAGUGAGGACGAAGAAACGGUAGAGUACGGUGCGAAGGACAUACCACCGGUUGAUGAACAUUUGCCCCAUCAGCUGAGCGUGAUCUUCGAGGAGGAAAGUAUGUACGGACAGUCGACCGUAGCGAGCAGACGGACAAGCGUUUGCAGCAACAGUUCCACGCUGAGUGACUGCUCAUCGACGCUGGCCAAUGAUCUUGAUGACGAGAAGGACGAGGAUGGUCAACCGAGCGGCAAUCGUACCGACGAUGAUAUUGACCGUCUCGAUGAGACAGAUAUGGAAAAGUCCCUGGUUUCGGUGCGUCUUCCACUGAAGCUCUCGUUCAGUAAAUCUCCCAACAAUGAGGACAUUGCAACGCUGGUCGUUGGAGAAAGCGAAAUUACGGGAUCGAAGGAAAAGUUGACUGGUGGAAGUCGGACUGAUCAGGCGCGUGACGAAGAUAGCGGCGAUGAGAGUGACACCGAGGAAGAGGACGAGUCGGAGGAAGAAAGUGAGAGCAGCUCGGGCGAGGAAACUGACACUGACGGAGAGGAGAAGAAGCCGGAAGCGACCAGUGUCGUCGAAAAUCAGUCAAACGAUGCAGAUACUGAUGUUACCGUAACGAUCACUAUUCCAUCGCUGUCGAGUAAGGUUAAACCGAACGAGCGGGAAAGUUUGAGUCGUCCUGAAACGGUGAAGCAUGAGGCACCGGCCAAAGCUCCAUUUAAAAUCGACUAUGAAGAAGCUUCGGAGGUGUCGGUGUCUGUUUCGUUGCCGCUUAAGCCAAAGGGCAGUUCUUCUAGCGAUAUUACGAAACAAUCGGAACAGGAAGCGUCCGCUGACACGAAAUCCCAGAAAGAAGAUCAUGGUAAUGACGCCGGUGGAGAAGAAGAGGAAGAGGUGGACUUUUGGAGUCAGAUUGGAGAUGAAGACGAUUACCAGCGACCUGUCCGUUCCUACUCACGCGACAUGUGGAGCAGUCGGGAGUUUAGCGUUGAUCGGCAGAGUGUGUGGAGUCAGGACGCGGAAGAAGAUGAGGAAGCAAGCACUACCGGUACGACCGACUUCUGGAGCGCCGAAAAUGGUCCCACAGAAGCGUCCGAUCUGUGGAACUUUGGAAAACGAAAUUCGCCACUUCCAGCGAGUAGUGAUAAGGACAAAACGGGACAAGAAGAUAGUAAGGACUCGCUGGAAUACUGGCAGAAGGAAAACGAACGACUUGUGAAGGAUCUGUACGAACGCAGAGCCAGCGGGAUCGGUUGUCAGGGAGUUUCGGCGAGCAGUAUCGUAAAGGAUGAAAAUAAUAACAAAACGUGUGUGACAAAGGACACGGUGGGUGGUGUGCAACCGGAACCGCAAAGCGAUCGUAAGACUGAAGAUCACAGUGAGGAAGAGGCAGAAGAUGGUUCGGAUUCCGAGAGUGAUAAUGAUAGUGAAGAGUAUGAAACGUCCAACACGUCCAAGGAAGAUUCAGAAGCAGAACAGGACGUUGGUGAGCCUUUAUCGAAGCAGGUGGAAAGUAAUGAUCCGUUGAAAAAACCGAAAGAUGACUCGAUAAUGCAGUCUGCGAACGGAAUUGCUGAUAUUAAAGCCGUCAGCAUGACGCAGGAGGAGACAAAUGUUCUCGACAAAAUGGAACGAGAUAAGAAGUUAACCGUUAAGGAACGGAUAUCCUUGUUCGAGACGCAGGCUGUAAGUGUUCCUACCCUAGAGGUGACACCGAAUUCUCGCGGCACUGUCACCCCUACGAUGGGCAACCGUUUGAGGCCUCUAUCGCGCCAGCGGCAGCUCUGCGAAGAGUCCGAAGCGGAGGACGAUUCCGGCGUUACGUCGGACAUGAGCAAACACAUCUCAGAGGUGGAGACGGACUCCGAAUGCUUCCCGGAGAUGCGCAAGAUGACACGGUAUCAACGUGCGGCCACACAUUCCAGGUUAUUUAAGCUUUUGCAGGACGAAAGUAACAACGGUGAUAGCGAGGACGAAGAGGAAGCUAGUGAAGAUAAUAGUAAGGAGCAGGAGCAGAACCGAAGCAGCAUCAAGCACGAGGCAGCAGCGCGCGAGGAAUCUACGAUACGUACGAAGGUGGCCACCGGCACGAUCGUGAAUGGUGGCAGCAGUCGCAAGACACCGGAAGAGUCCAACGGGACGGAGGGAAGGCGCGAUCGAUUAACGCUCCCGAUCAGCCAUCAAUCGUCGUCGGGCAACGACAGCCUGUCCUCGUCCACCUCCUCAGCGUCUCCUGUAUCAGGAACUCUGCAGAACGAAAAACUUGCCGAAGAGCUAGUACAAAGUUUGUUGAUGAAGAAGAAGGGCCGCCUGUUCCGGAAUCUGCCACUGGAGAAGCUGCACGCCGCGGCGCUGAAGAUUUUGCAGGAAGACCUGGAAUCGAACGGCACGAUCAGCUCGACGGAGGACAACAUGGCAACGGUCGAUUCGACGCCGGCGUUAACACCGCAAGAGUUUAAAAGCGAGUAUCCGACCUCGUACGCCGAUUACUACGACACGUGGUGCAGUGAUACCGUGCAGCCGAACGGUUGCUACUCGGACACCGGGUCCGACUGUGGGAUGGUGAAGAUGUUCCGCACAGUGCCGGAACAUCAGCUAGCGCUCGCCAAGAAAGAUUCGCGCAUGAACGCCGGCAACGGCCAUUGGUCACCGCGCUGUCCACGGGUAUUUAGUAACAAGAACGUUCCCCGGCUGAUGGGCGUCCGGGAAGCGGAACUGGUGGAACCGCGAGGCUCACGGCCACCGUCCCGUGCAUCCAGCAAUCGAUCACCGUUCACCGUGAUUCCGCCGGCUACUGGGUUGCUUACCGGUGGCAGUCCUAUGGACGACUGUCCGAACCGUGCCACCGUGAACCGUCAGUUCAAACUGCAGUAAUAGCUGGUCCAGUCUAGUGGGGAAGGUCUUACACACUGCCAAUAUGAACGUCACACUGCCGGCAAACAGUGCCACUAUAGGAACGAAAGAUAGUGCGUGUGUCUUUCGGGAGCGCACGGGACAGAAAAUGAAGGAAAUGAACUGAAUUGUAUCCGAUCGACGCAAACCCUGCUGACGAUCGAUGUUGUACUAUUAUGACAUCCCACAGUUUGUGCGGAAUGUUUGAGGACGCAUUUAGCAGCGGCCCUACAACUGUGUACAUGAUUCUCUGUAUAUAUAGGCAAUAUUUGAAUGUGAAGAUAAGCUAAGCUGGAGCUGUGGUUCCUCGGAAUACUGCCAACGGGGAAAAAGGUUGUAGCCGAUACGGUCCCACUCACACAACACCUAACCCCUUGAUCUUCCCCCUUCACUAUCCUCGCAAUACACAAUGUUCGAUCCCGUAUAUCCACGUUCCCUAGCAUGUGCACCUUGCCUUGUGUUUGUGCUAGUAGGUCCCCAGUUUGCCUCAUUGCUGGACGCGUAAGCCCUGCGAGUAUUGGUUUACCCUUUUCCGCUACGACCGGGACACCCGCCCACCUACCAAUGACGCUCCAUAACGAAAUGUUCAUCAUGUUCAAAUGCCCGUUCAAAAGAUCGUCCAUCAGCCGUUCCGUUAACUGAACUAAAACAGCACAGAAAAAGCCUCUUCAAAAACCAAAAAAAAAAAUCAAAAUCAGAAAAAUCAAAUCCAAAAUCUUUCCCAUCAAGAUUUGCGAGAAACAGACCAACGUAGUGAAGCGAAGAAAAAACAAUGACGUGUUUGAAAUCUGCACACAUAUACACACGCACACACAUAUAAAUACUACCAUCCCGUGAUCGAUCCGAUCCUACGAACCAGGGAGAAACUGUUGUGCUGUCCGUGAUGCUGUUCUCAUAGCGCUAAUCCCAUGUUAAUCCUGUACAAAUCCAUCUUACCAUACUGUUGCGCCAAUGUUUCUUUACCACCAACAACAAACAAAUAGACACACGAUCAACGAGCAAAGUGGUGUGAGCGAAGUAGGCGUAAAAAAAUGGCGCGUCAGAACUAGUGUGAGUGUCCCGGUGAAACUGAUUUCUAAAAUAACGCACAACAGGACUAACACACAAUUAGAGAAGCAAAGCAAAAACGCACUAGCACUAGAAUAUAGCGAUAUCAUAGCUAUUGGAACCUUCUCUUCUUGUUUUAGUGAAUAUUUGUUUUUCAAUGCAGUUUGUCGUUUUUUAACACUUGUAUAAUACUGUCGAUGGUCUUUGUCUCACAUGCAGAUACUUCUUUUUGUAACCUACUUUUGAAGUGGUUAUUUUUUUUAAAUGAUUAAAAAUCUCUUUCUCCGUUUAAAUUCUUUUUCUCAAAUUUGUUUUCCUUAUCAAACUAUCUUGAAGUAAUCUACAGUAAUAGCAAGAAUGUUUACAAAGCAUUUUCUAACCCUAUGCUCAUAAGCUGACGUACGUAUAGGGUGUUUGUUUAAGCAGUUUAAAACCAGUGAAACCAUGUCUUAUUAAAUCAGUUGAAAGUCUAACAUGCAAUGUUAAUCAGUGUGCGUGUGUACUAAGCCCAUCAGCUAGUGUGCUUCCGUGGCCCUGAGUAUCAUCAUAUCUUAGCAUUGUGCUUUGAGCAUGAGUUGUUCGUGUUAGAGCUACAUCAUAUUUUAGAUUUUGUUCCGUUUCAUUUCAAAAUGUACUCUACUUGUGCCAAGAUAGCCAAGUGUAGUGUAGGAAUCUAUCUAUUGGCAAACUAUACCUUUUAAUCCGUUUUUGUUGUUAUUAGUUGUAACCGUAAUCCUGUUUCUCGCGUUAUCUUGAACUUAAUAUUUGGUUUGUGAUUGAUUACUUGAGGUGUGGCUUUACAAGUUUUUGUUCUACAGCGAAAUCUACACGAAACAACACAAGGAUUGAUUGAGUCGAUGAAUUAGAGAGCGUCUGCGAACCAACAACAAUAGUGAGGCGAACGUUUAUUAGGCGAAAGUAUGAUUCAAAAUCAAAACUAAACCAUUCUCCAAGGAUAAUCGAACGAAUGAGCAAACGGAUCGAAACCACAGUCUAAAGUCCCCGCUAAUAUUAAUCUGAUGAAAAAAAAAACGAAUGAACAAAGCACAAACAAGAAUGCAAUCAAUCAAGCUUACGAGUUAUGAAAUGUUGAAUCCGAGAUAGGUAACCACCAACUUGCUAAUUGGUGAAACUCUUAAAAAGUAUGGUUUUGUUUAUCAACGCGUGCACUAUAAGUAAGAGCAUUGCUUAUGAUCUGUAAACAAGCACUUAAUAUGGUUUUAUUUUCGCUAUUGAACAAUAAAGAAGAUAUAAUGUUAUUAACGA